AUGUAAUAACCCAUUAAUUUAUGUUGGUGUCAUAUUUGCAAAAAAUAAUUUGAAUCAUCAGAUCUCAUGAAAUGUGCAUUUUGUUAACAAGAGUUUUGCGAGAUUAUAGACCCUUCGAAUGAUCCUAGGGGCUUUGUUCCCUAUGGAGAAAAUUAAUCAUAAAGACAAUCGUACCCCCCAUAACGACAACAAUAGCAACCCCAAACUAUUAUUCACAUCACCAGAAACCAAAUACCUAUUAGAUUUCAAUAAAGGUCUAAUGUGUUUGACAAUCUCCUGUAAUUAAUGUUUCCGAACACUCAAUUUCAACCCGGGCAAUCUUUAGAACAACUAAUUGAUUUUAUCAGUCGAAAUGAUCCGAAUAGAUAUGGAUCCCCUCCUGCAUCCCAAUCUGCAAUUGAUUCGCUCCAAAAGAUUAAUUUGCAAUCCGAGUGUUGUACUGUUUGCCAAGAGGAAUACCAAUCUUAACAAGCUCUAUAAAUGCCUUGCCAACACCACUUUCAUCCAGAUUGUCUAAUCCCUUGGCUGAAGUAACACAAUAGUUGCCCUGUUUGCAGAUUUGAAUUAGUGACAGAUGAUGAUGACUACAAUAAGAGAAAAAACUUAAAAUGA